UUCUUUGGAAAAUAACUUUCGAAGACCAUUAACUAAAUAAACAAUAAUAUUCUAUGUGUAACUUCGAGAACUUCAUCUAUUUGACAGUUACCAUAAUCUGUUUCUUUCUCUCAAAGUGAAGUGGAAGAGUCGUCAACAUGCCUCCCAAGAAGGACGCCAAAGGUGGUGCUAAGCAACCACAAAAGACCCAGAAGAAGAAAGAGGGAUCUGGUGGUGGAAAGGCGAAGAAGAAGAAGUGGUCCAAAGGAAAAGUUCGUGAUAAGCUGAACAACCAAGUGCUUUUCGAUAAAGCUACCUAUGACAAACUCUACAAGGAGGUGCCAAGUUAUAAAUUGAUCACUCCAUCAGUGGUUUCUGAAAGGCUCAAAAUCAGAGGAUCCCUUGCCAGGAGGGCUCUCAUUGAACUUCAGCAAAAGGGUUUAAUCAAGCAAGUUGUGCAACACAGGGCUCAGCUCAUUUACACCCGCACCACCAAAGGUGAUGAUGUAGCUGCUUAGAUUUAAGAAAAUAAAAAUAUAAAAA